UGGGCACAUCCGGGGUGUCAGGAGCACCAAGCCGGGUCCUCCCUCCCCCAUCGACUGCGCCAGGAGGGGGGAAGGUGGGGGACAGCAGGCCUUUCCUCUGAGAGGGGCCCCGGGGUGGGGGAGGGCCCCCUGGAGGCAGCACCCAGAGUGAGGGUUAGCUGGGGAGUGUCCAGAAGGGAAGAGGGCAGCCUGGGAGAAGUAGAGACCAGAGCUGGCCCGAGGGGAGGGAGAGAGCUGGCCAGGAAUGUGUGUGUGUGUGUGUGUGUGUGUGUGUCCCUGGAUCCACAUGUGUGUGCAGGCUGUGUGCUCUCGCUCUCGCCCAUCAGUCCGUCUGGGCCUUCCCCCUAUGUAAGGAGUUUGGGCUUGGCUCUGUGGGCAAUGGGGAGCCAUGGCAGGCCUUAGGCAGAGAGCUGAAGCCCAGCACCUCCCCCUGCAGCAGCUUUUCGGGGAGGAGAGGGAGGAAGUUGGAGCGAGCCUGGGCUAGGCAGGACCGUGGGAAUGGCGGGGACGGAGAGCCUUGGCCAUCCUUGGCCGUUGGGGGAAGCCGGAGGCCGCGGGGUGUGUGCCAGGGCUCCGGAGGACAGUGCAGCCAAGCAGAGAGCCCGUCUGGGGCUCAGAAUACAGCUGGAGCCGGGGAAGGGCCUGGAGGGAGCAUCGUGGAAGCCCCGAGAGUGGCUGAAGACCAGGGCCGAGUCGGGGGGAAGAAUCUCCCCCUGGGAGGGGGAGUCCAGGGACCGGAAGCUGGUCGGGGACUUGAAUGGCGCCUUGACCUACGCCAAGACCUCCAGACAGAUCAACCUUGUUGCCAUCGUGCUGAACGUGCUGCUGCUGGUCGGGGUGCUAGUCAUACUGUUCUUGUUCCUGCUUCCUAUGUCUAAAGCGCUUGUCCAGAACUCGAGCAAUCCACCUUACUAAGUAUCCAUCCGCCUUGCACCCCCAGGAACCCCGUCAUGCUCCCCAGACCUGCAGCUGCCAGAGUGCUGCCUCGCCCGGGCACAUUCCCCGCAGCCCCUGCCGGCCUGUCCCUCCCCAGAAUGCUCAGCGCCCGGCAAAGGGGGCACAAAAUAAAAGCUUGUGGAAUCGG